CUUCAAAUUGGGAGCCAUCAAAAAUCCGAACAAAUUUAAACGGAUAACUCUCAAUUUUUUUAGACUAUAUCCUUACGUGGCUAUCCCACUACAUUUUAACCUAUCUUAUCAAUUUCCAACCUUCAAUCAAACCACUCUUCUUACAUCCAACGGUGCUCAUUUUCUCAAACAAUUCCAAUCAAAAUCAUCACAAUUAAAUACUCCAUCGUCAAUAUCAAUCAAUCAUCACUUUUCUUGUUUUUUUGUAUGAUCAGUGGGAUAUUUUACAUGUUAAUUGAUCAUCAAUGGAGGUUCUGUUAAGGAGGAAGGAAGAUUAUGAUGAGAUUGAUAGAGAAAUGGUGAUGGAAUCGUCGAGUCCGGAAGCUAAAUUAGGGAGGAAAGUAGAGGAUCUUUGGGAUAAUCAAGGAUCUCAACUCAGUCCUACUGAGAAACUUAAUGCUUGUUUUGAAGAUAUUUCUGUUUCUUCUUUUCCUCUUGCUUCCGAUUCUCAAGUUGAAAUAAGAUCGGAUUGCAGUUUGGCUGAGGCUGUAAGCAUACUUUCUGAGCAUAAAAUUCUGAGUGCACCUGUUGUUGAUGUUGAGGCACCUGAAGAUGCUACUUGGAUUGAAAGAUAUAUUGGGAUUGUGGAGUUUGCAGGAAUAGCUGUUUGGAUACUGCAUCAGUCGGAAGAUGAUGAGUCCAACAGAAUAAUACCGUCUCCAAAGAGCAAUAGCUGUGUUGCUACGGUUUCCACAAAUGGAGUGAACCAGGCUACAAGUGUUGAAAGCUUGAGUCCACGAUCAGCUGCAAUGACUUCUGGAAACUUCUUUGGGGCACUUACAGCUUCUGAUCUGUAUAAGAACACUAAAGUUCGAGAUAUUUCAGGUACAUUUCGAUGGGCUCCAUUCCUAGCUUUGCAAGAUGCCAAUUCUAUGUUGACUGUGCUACUGUUGCUCUCAAAGUAUAAAAUGAAAAGUGUCCCUGUUGUUGGCGGUGCAAAAAUUGAAAAUAUCAUCACACAGUCUGCUGUUAUUCACAUGUUAGCUGAGUGUGCCGGGCUUCAUUGGUUUGAAAACUUCGGUUCCAAGAAGCUCUCCGAGAUUGGUCUGCCUCUGAUGAGUUCUAAACAAGUAGUUAAGGUCUUUGAGGAUGAACCUGUUCUGCAAGCCUUCAAAUUGAUGAGGCAAAAGGGUAUUGGAGGGAUUCCUGUUGUUGAACGUGAUGGAGCUAAAGCAGUUGGUAACAUUAGUAUUAGAGAUGUUCAAUUUCUUUUGACUGCACCUGAGAUCUACAAGGAUUGCAGAUCCAUUACAGCAAGGGACUUCUUGCUUGCUUCAAAGAAGUAUAGAGAAGAGCAUAAUACGGAAGGAACACCUCUACUAAGUGGGAUGAUUACAUGCCUAAAGGAUGACACCCUCAAGAAAGUAAUUUUCACCCUUGAUUCUCUUAAGAUCCAUAGGAUUUAUGUUGUUGACGAGAGUGGUAGUCUUGAAGGGGUCAUUACACUUAGGGACAUCAUCUCGAGGCUCGUACAUGAGCCACACAACUACUUCGGUGAUUUCUUCGAUGGUGUAUUACCAAUGCCCCCAAAUAGUAGGGUAUGAGCAAAGCAUCAACGGAAUCUUUUGAAGGGUUUCUCUAAUAACAAAAUCGGCUCAUCAGCUAACUAGAUAGAAGGGACGGUAAUUAAAUAAGUGAUAGUUGUAGAACUCGGUAGGUGGCCAUCUUAAACAUCAAAGGGAAAUCGUUGUAUUAUAGACAUACUAAAUAAUAAUAGAUGAUCUUAACGGAUGAUAUGAGCCUUCUUGUACGAAAAUCGUCUUGUAAGUUGUAAGUAUUGAUUGUGUUUAUGCAAAUGUUUGCUCUUUCUCGUA